UAAAACAUUACUCUCUUGUAGAAACCGAAUGAAAGUUUUGUAUUUUUUCAUGCUUAUUUGCAUACAGACAAAAGUGGUGGGAGUCGAUGUUUGUUUACCAUGGUUCUCUUCAACCGAUUUAAAAAAACGAGGUGGUUCUUAAUUCGACUGUAUUUUUUUUAUACGAUUGAUAUUCAUUUUAUCUCACUUUUUCUUCACUACUUACUUAUGUUUCUUAAUUUGACAAUCUAAAAUUCUUAGUGCAAUUUUUACCGCCUUUCCCUGAUUUUAGAUUUUAGUCAAUAAAAUCAUUGUGAAAAUUUGAAGAAGGCUUUUUUACUUGAUGUUUCACAGUUAUAAGAUGCAUCAUUAUCGUUAUUAUAUAGAAUAUUUGCCAAAUACAAUCUUAUGAAAAUUACCCAAAAUACUUUACACCGCUUUACCAUUCGUUUGGUUUUAGUUCAUGAAAUAAUUGUAAAGGAUGGAAGGAAGUACUUGAUGCUUAACGGUUACACGUUUGCUAGAGACAAGAGAUCAAGCUCCAACAUUUGGAGGUGUACAAACAGUGCUCUGUGUUACGCAAAGAUACGGGUGGACAAUCAUCACAAAUUGCUGAGCGAAGUUCCGUUACACACACACGAUGCCCCGAAAUACUAUGUUGGCAAAGACGGCACUUAUGUUAAAUUUUAACAAGAAGAAUUUGCUAAUAGACAGAGGCAGACCCUAAAAUUGUCUAAGUCUUCCUGAAUCCAUAUAUGUACAUAUUAUAAACAUUGAAACUGAUCGAUGUCUGUACUUGCAACUUAUUAAUUACGUUAUACGACCGACAGAAGCCAAAAAUAUAGAAACAUUUGAUGCUACACAAUUAUACCUUUUCGAAAGUCAGUAGACGUGCUAAAAAUGUUGAUAAUACAAGUUGACGAAAAUCUUCGCCUCCUCAGUCCUGCUCCCACGCAUUCUCAUCCUGCUCCUAAAUACUUUGUUGAUAAGGACGUAUUAUAUUUAAGAAUUUAAACAUUUUUGUAUUCAAGUUGUGCUACUCUAUGCUUAUUAUUUUGAUUAUUCUUUUUUAAUUUACCUUAACAAAAUUACAUAACUUACAUACAUACAUAAAUAUAGUCACGUCUAUAUCCCUUACGGGGUAGACAGAGCCAACAGUCCCGAAAAGACUGAAUGACCACGUUCAGCUGCUCGGCUUGAUGAUGGAAUUGAGAUCCAAAUAGUGACAGGUUGCUAGCCCAUCGCCUAAAAAAAGGAUCGCAAUUUUAUAAGCCUAUCCCUUAGUCGCCUUUUACGACAUCCAUGGGAAAGAGAUGGAGUGGUCCUAUUCUUUUUUGUUUUGGUGCCGGGAACCACACGGCACUAGCCUUAACUCUUUUUUUUUCGCUACUUCUGCAUAAUUACAUAACUUACCUGUGAUUUUUCGAUUAAGUAAAAUAAUUUUUUUCACUUUUUGUUAAUGUUUGAAUUUUUAAGUUAAUCAAUGAGUAUAAAUGAUAUUUUUGUGUAAAGUGUUUAAUUUAUUAUUAUUACUAAUUAUUUUCUGCGUAUCAAAUUUCGAUACAAUGUAUGUUGUUUUAGAAAUAAAUGUCUGUCGAUUGUAUAUUUCGCCCAUCGCUACUAUAAACUAUUAUGUAUAAACAAAAUCUUUCGUUCAUUAUACUUCAAUGAUAAAGAACUAACGAGGAAGUCAUAUAGAGGAAAAUGCUUAGCAGAGAUGAAGAUACUCAAUUUUCUCAUAAAUAAAAUGACAAGUCACGACUUUCAGGCAACAUUGAACAUAUCAGAUCGGACAUCAGAUGGGAGUCGCUUCAUUUAAAAACCUGACUUGACACAAUCCUGGAUCAUGGGCAUAAAGGCGAACCCCGGGCUCCUCACCAAAGAGAUGAGGAUGAAACCACGAAAACUGGGGGGAUACAUGUUAGCAGAUUAGCAGAACAUUUAAGUAAUGAAUGUAGUCAUUUGAAGAUAAACAUGUUCGAACAAACAAUCCAUUUCUGUUUAAAAAACUUUUAACUUCUGUUCCCGCAGGAAUAACGGGAAAUCCUCUCAUAGUGCACACCUACACUAUAUGAGGAACCCAAAUGUUUAAUUUCCACUUGCUAGACCCAGCGGCUUGGGCUGUGCGUUAUCUGUCAGUCACUCAGUAACGUAAAAGUUUUAUCCAAAUAGAUUAAAUAAUUAACAUGAUCAAUCAAUAUCAAUAUUUUUCUUUCUUUCUUUCAAUCACAACCGAGGUAUCAUUAUAGCAAUUUUUAUUGGUUUAUCGAUUAACUAAUCCAGAGUUUCUCAAACUUUCGGCUCCACGAACCCCUCCUCCAAGUGACGGCGAACCUCGUACUAACUAGUAAAUCUUGUCGCGAAUCCCUUGCCGUCGAAUGGCGAACCCAUAGGGGUUCGCGUACCCCACUUUGAGAAAUCCUGAACUAGUCCAUUAUUUCAAAAAUAAAUCAUGCUAUGACUCUUCCAGAUGAUUUUAGACAAAUCACAACGCUUGAAGGCAGACAAUUUUAUUGGUACAAUGGCUACACUUUCUGCUACUGGUCUGAAAGUAAAGACAGACAAAGAUGGCGUUGCAACAGAUGCAGUUGUGGGUGUAAAGCGUACAUGUUUGUGUCUCAUGAAGGAGAAUUUCUCAAAGCAGUUAAUGAUCAUACCCACGAACCAACUCUAUAUAAAGUUCUUCCCGAUGGUAGAUAUAUGAAAGUUGCCGUGAGAAAGAAUAUCGCUUAAAUUAUUGACAGAAAACGACAAAAUUUAAUUUAAACUUUUAGAAGUUACAGAAAAUAUAUAUUCUCCAAAAUUGCAGACCACAAGUCUCGUAAUGUUUAAAAAUUUAUAUGAUAACUGUUAUAACGUAUAAGAUUUUGUCGUAAUUAAUACGAAUAAAAAGGACACAUUCAUGUUUUUAAUUUUGGAACAAUUAAUUUUAAUUUGCGUUCGAUCGAUGUUCAUAUUAAUAAGGCAUUAACAAUGUACGUACUUAAUUGUAUGCAAGUAAAGUCAAGCGAAAUAUCAAGGCGAUCGUUUCAAUGAUUUUGACUUGAAAGACUGACAUACAAAUACACUUUCCAGUUAUAGUAUUAGUAUGGGUGAAAAUGAUAUACUCGUAUCAUCAAAAUAAUGUAAACGGCAGUACUGUUUUUAUGAUUAUUUCAUGAAAGGAAUCGUACUAAUUCACAUUAAGCAUAACUAACUCGUUUUAAUCUUCAGGUGGAGUAAAACACUAUCCACGCGGUAUACUCAAACGGAUAACCAUGAAUAACGGCAAAAAGUUCAUCAUGUACAAUGGAUAUACCUUCUGCUUUUGGUCCAAGUCCAAGAAAGCUAUUCGAUAUCGUUGCACCACGGGAUGCAAAUCCUUCAUAACGAUAUCCAACGAAGGACGACUUCUACAAGUAGGACCCGAACACACGCACAACCCCCAACGAUAUCAUUUGAAUCACGGUGGAUUACCAUGCAUUCCGGAAAAACCUUCUAUCUUUACAAAGGAUUCACCUACUGUUUCAAAUCGAAGACCAAAAAUAAUAUGCGGUACCGCUGUUCCCAAGGUUGUAAAGCUUUCAUUGUCUUGACAAAUGAAGUAUUAUUUGCUCAGUCUCAGAGAGGAGGUCAGCUCCUCGUGUUCCAGGGCUACUCCUACAGUCUUCUAAAGAUCAAGAACGAGAUAGGUCACUGGAGGUGUUCUAUGGGUCAGCCUGGCACCCCAAAACGAUGCACGGCUAAAUUGUACACAAACGCAAAUUAUAAAGUUCUGGACAUGGGUGGCACUCAUACACAUAAAAAGCCGAGGUUUGUCAAAAGAAACGAUAUGUUAGUAAGAACGUAUUGAGAUGUAUCAGAAAUCCUUUUAUGGUUAAAAAUAAGUGAAGAUGAUUCUAUUAGACAAUGCUCAAGAGAAAAGGACGAAACAGAAUAAUAAAAAUAUUACCGUUUCAUUCAAUCGUGCAAUACAAAGAAUACAUAUAAUCUCAGAUGCAGGUGCAAAGUUUAAACUGACUGCAGAUGCGGCAAGAGUCCGUUACCAUAUGGUAUUAUAAUUAAAGGUGUGAAUUGAUGUUUUAUCAAAAUUACUUCGGUAUAAGAUUUUUUAACCUAAACGGCGACCUAACGAGUUGACAUAUUUUAAAUAUGUAUUUAAUUUAAGUGGUAUGCAUAUCAUUGUCAUAAUAUGCACUGAUUUUUAACACGUUUUUAAGACUAAGUUGCAAUAUGACAACCUAAUGCAAUAAUACUUGUGGAUGUUAUUUUUAUUCUGUAAAAAUGUGUUUCUAACUGAUUUAUUUGUGAUAAGCAAUAUCGUAUUAUACAAACUAUAUAUAAUGAGCUGAACGUGACCAUUCAGUCUUUUCAAGCCUGUUGGCUCUGUCUACCCCCCCAAGGGAUAUAGACGAGACCAUAUGUAUGUAUGUAUAUACAAUAUCUUCAAAAAAUAACCUUUUUGAAAUAGCUAUAUUUUUUGUUUAGUUAUUAAGAGUAUUUGACAUUCCAAUGAAUAUCUACCGAGCCCCUGUAUAUUUAGUAUUUAUUAUAUCUAUUCAUGAUAAACAGCCUUUUAUAUUGUGCCUUUGAUAAAAUUUGUUACAUGUAGCAUGGUAUUAGUCGUUAACUAUUUGUUGGAAUUGGUAAAUAUUAUAUUAGUCAAAUUGUUAUUAAACUUUAUAAUGUUAUAGAACUCUUAAGUCCUAUAAAUUUAUAAUAAAUGUUUUAUUUUUUACAAAAUGUUCUUUUCAUACCUCGAUCAAGCGCAAGGUCAGGUCAGAGUACGCUACGACUAUGAAGAGUUAUGAAUGUGGAUAAAGUGAAAAUUAUGAAGAAAUCGUGACAAGUGGAAGAUAUUGUAAGCAAUAUAUGCGUUUUUUUAUUUAUUUUGAAGUAACUUCUCAGCCUUUAACAUUUAAUGUUUCUAACUAUUCCCAUUUUCAACAGCAAACCCAAUUUUUAUGGAAUGUACAUUCCUCAAGACGAAAAGAGGGGGGAAACAUCCACUCCUAGUACUGUCUGGCUACACGUACAGUUACCAGAAGCGGAAUGCUGACGGCAGAGUGUCCUGGUACUGCUCCCGGAGGUUGAAGGGGUGCAGAGCAGCAGCCAUCAGCUUUGGAACACAGGCCUAUGCUUAUAAAGAACACGACCACAUACCCCCGAAACUUCCAGAACAAAUUGACAUAAAAAGCGAAUUAGAUGAUUUCUCACUUUCCGCUUACAUUGGCGCUAAGUUGUUUUAAUAUCAGUACAUAUAUUUAUUAGUCUUUAUGUUUAUUAUUUUUGUGCUUAUUCCAUGCUUUUUUAUUUUUGUUUUAAUGCAUGUAAUAAUGUAGUAUACAAAUUUAUCCCGUUUAUAUUUGUUUAUGUUUAUAUACGAGUAUAUGUAAAAACAAAGUUGUGCGCAAUGAUGAGCGUUUAUUUAUUUAUUUGUAUAAGUAUAUAUACGAGUAAGUUAGGUCAUACUCAAUUUAAUUUAUUGUAGAAAAUUGUAAAUAAUUAGAUUUUUUGGCUUAAAAUAUUUGUGAUUGUUCGGCCUUUUAAAUACAUAGUUUCUUAUUAACGUACUUUUAUAAGAAAGUAACAUUGAGAAUCUGUUAACUUUACUACAACAUAAUAGGAAAGUGAAAAUAGGUGAAGGUGGUUUACUACAUUGAUGAAAAUGGAGUGAAUAUAUGACAAGAAUAGACAUAGACAAUCAAAGACAAUAGAAUCAGAAUAGGUUGAAAAAUGAAAUUUCUACCUACUGACUCGUGUAAAUGUUAAAACGAAUAAUAUUUAUUUUUACACAUAAGAACAAUAUUCACAUAGAAAAUAUAUAUGAGAAAUCUUACAUAAGAAUACAAAAAAUAUAUAUAUGUAUAAUAAAGUAAUAUAUAUGAUUGUCUCUACAACACCUAUUAUAUUUAUAUCUUAAUUUCCUUACAUUUUUUUUUACUAAGUUUUUUCCACCUGUUUACAUUCAUGUAAAUCAUCUUAAAGUUAUUUAAAAUAUUAUAUUUUGUUAAAUAUUUAAAGAAUAUAGUGCAAUAUUGAAUAUUUUUAACACAUACAUACAAUUCCAUUAAGCAUUUCAUAAGUAGAUAAUUAAGCUGUUACAUAUAAGUUUGUUUAUACAUUCGCUAUUUUAUUUAUAAUACAACAGCAGUGCCCAUCAUUCAUAAUAAGAUAAACAAAAUACAAGGCUUUACAAUAACACUGCGUUACACGAUUUUGGUACCCGUUAAACUGAUAGCUGGAUUGAAUAGGUAAUGAGUCACAGAUAAAAUGUUCCAAAUAUAUGUGGUAUCCAUCACGUCUAGUUUUCGAGGUACAUGUCAAUCAUUAUUUUAACUACCCUCACCUUAGGCGUAUAAGAAACAGUUGAGGUUUUCGGUGUAUUACCUAUACUUUUUUAUUGUUUUGUUUUAUUCAUAAAUCGUUUCUAUUCGAUAACCUCGAUAUCUCUAAACGUAUUUAUUUAAAAAUCCAACAUGAAUACUGAACUAAGUGGCCGUCGCAACUGCAAAAAUGAACCAAAUAAGUUUUGUUACGUGUGUGGACAGUACAUUGUGAAAUCACAAACAAAAAUGUUUCCGAAAAAGUUAGAAGUGCAUAUUUACUUUAUUUUGGACGUGCUAUUAAUCAAGAUAAACCAUGAAUACCUCAAUUUUUUGUGUUUCGUGCUAUACUACUCUCAUAUCUUGGUUAAAUGGAAACAAGACGUCAAUGCCAUUUGCCGUACCAGCUUUAUGGCGUGAACCUAGUAAUCAUUUUAAUGAUUGCUACUUUUGCAUGACUGACAUACGUGGCUUUUCAAAGAAAAUCAAGCACAUUAUUCAGUAUCCUGACAUUCCUUCAAUGUCGAAACCAGUACCUCACAGAGAAGAAAUGCCUCCACCAUUACCUCCUCUCCUUGACAAAAAGCUUACUGACAAGGAACUCGAUGCCUGGUUGUCACUGAAAGCAGUUGUAAAAGGGUUUCUAGGGAACCAUAGAGCCGAAAAUGCGGAACAGCUUAACAACAUGUUAAAAGCAUACGAAAAGUUGGGUUGUAGAAUGUCGUUGAAAAUUCACUUUCUUCAUUCCCACUUUUCUUUUUUUUCCAUCUAAUCUUGGUGCUGUCAGUGAUGAGCAGGGCGAGAGGUUCCACCAAGAUAUAAAAAAGCUUGAAGAACGAUUUUAAGGCCGUUGGGACACAACUAUGCUAGGCGAUUACUGUUGGCGUCUAAAACGAGAAGAUCCUUCAAAACACAAAAGAAAAAGUUAAAAUUUGAAGGUAUUCUGGGUUUAAAUUAUAUGCAUUGAUUUUUCUUGUAUUUAUUAUACCAAAAUGAUUAAAAAAUAAACUCGAUUAAUUAAAAAAAACUGGUACAUUUUAUUAGAUUUCUUUAAAUUAUGUUUGAAUAUUUAAAUUUUUAGCAUAAUUUGUUAUAUCCUUACGGAAAAAAAUGAGACGUCAUGGAAAGAAAAUAUGUAUGUAUUCUUACUAAACGAUAGGAAUAACUAGGAAAUCACGACAUUUCAAAGCGGGUACUUAAUUUUUUUUUUCAUUUGUAACGCAGUGUAAUUUUACCAGUGCACAAGAAUCACGAACGAACAAAAUAAAGUUUAAAUAUUUUAAAUGACUGUUAUAUAUAUAUUAGUAUAUUUAAAUAUUUAUUCAUUUGUGCAAUCUUCAUAAAAGUUGUAGAUACAUCGUUAAAAAAUGUAUGUAGUCUCAUAGACUGGUUUAUAAUUAUAAUACUUUCACAUAUAUUAGAUAUUUAAUGCCGGAAGAAAAGCAUAAUAUUUAGAUGUAGUAUCCGUAGUUCCUAUACAAACAUACUAUAUAAUCAUUGCUACUGCCGUGUGGUUACCGGCACUUUAGAAUAGGACCACUCCAUAUAUUUCCCAUGGAUGUCGUAAGGGAAAGGCUAAUAAACUUGGGAUUCUUCACAUAGGCGAGAGGCUAGCAACCUGUCAAUAAUUCCAUUACUAAGCCAUACAGCUAAACGUGGCCCAACAGUCUUCAAGACUGUUGGCCCUGUCUACCCCGCAAGGCAAUAUACGUGAUUGUACGUAAGCCCAAUAAUUAAAGUAAGUCUGUUUUUCAAAUAUUUUUAUUACAUAUUUAAAAGUCUUUCAAAUUGUUCUAAUUAAAUAUUCCGCACAUUUCGGUGUAGCCCGUUCAUUUGCUUACAGUCUCUAAGGAUUUAAUAAAAGUAUUCCAUCAAGCUUUAUUUAUGUUUUUAAUUUCAAUUUAAAACCGGUUCUUGAAUGUGCUUUGCAGGGAAAUAUUACAAAAAAAUUUGCUUAAUACCUCAAUGGUCAACCAACAAAUUCUUGCACCUGAAGUCAAAUCAAUUCUAUCAAAAUUUCAAAUCAUGGUACCUAAUUACUAAGUACUGAUGAAAAUUAAGUUUAUAAAAAAAAUAUUACAAUUAAUUUAUACAUUCUGUCAAAUAUAACAGGAUACUCCCCGACAUGAACGAAUAUAUUUUUAAAGCACUUUGUAUCAUAUUAUGAUGUGUUAAUGCGUUUUGUUAACUGGAGUCUUUUCUACUUUCUACAUAGGAUAAAAUCUUUUCAACGGUAGGUAUUUAUUAAGGUCUCAAUCAAAUUAAUCACAUAUGUAAUUUUUUAUCCAGACAGGGCCAUAAAUGGACUAUUUUUUAUUUCAGAUGAUGAAUAUUUUAAAGAAUAUUUGAGGAAAUCCAGCGACAAAUAUUCAGUCUGGAGUCUAUUUCUUCGAGGCACGGACGGUAAACUCGCCAAAUGCAAGAUUUGUGAUAAAAUUUUUAAAUGUAAAUUGUCCACCUCUUGUUUACAUAAUCAUUUAAGACUUCAUAAUAUAAACUUAUUAUUAUUAAAACAACAGGCUAGCCAGACAAAAAUUAAAUUGAAAAAUGAAGAACUUGAAGAUGAUGAUUUCUAUUGGAAAUGAAUAAUCAUAUAAAAGUUUUUAUUAGAAACGGUUCAUUAAAAAUGUUUUAAAUUUGAAAUCUAUCUUUAUAGUUAUUUAAUAUCCAGUUGUUUUGGUCGUCAUCAGAUGACCUCGGAACUUACCGUUAUAUUCAAAUUCUGCACAGUUCUUCCACAAGCAAAAGUUUAAUAUGGUAUAUAUAAUUCUAUCAUAAAGCCACACAGCUGAACGUGAACCGUUAGUCUCCUCAGGACUGUUUGCUCUGUCUACCCCGCAAGGGAUAUAGACGUGACUAUAUGUAUGUACGUAUGUAUAAAUAAAUCAAUAUUUAUUUGAAGUGCGUAGUCCAAUUCACUCAAUUAAGACGUUCUAAAACUUCAAAAAUCAUACUCUAUACCCUAAUUAAAAUUUAACUAUUUGUCUAACCUAAACUUCUGUCCCCAGCAAUGUUAAUGCCUUCCGGGAAAGGAAAACAUCCGUUGCUCAUAUACAGGGACCACACUUAUACCUACAAAGUGAUAUCCAACAGCGGAGUGCUGUGGCAUUGUUCCAGAAGAACUCGAACUGGAUGCAAGGCAUUCGUCAAGACAUUGCCUGAGAGAAUGUACGUGAUCAUAGCAGCGUACGACCAGCAUUGCCACGAAGCGAGGCUAGCUGUCAAUAAAAAGGAAAAACAAAAGAAGAUUAAACAAAAAAUAUCUAACCCUGUCGAAAUUCCCAUGUAAAUUAUAUAAGGGACGUGAGUCCUCGUACACUCUGGCAAGGGUAAACAUCCGCUGCUGAUGUACAAAAAACAAACGUACACGUUCAAAGUGCCGUCCAACAGCGGGGUCCUGUGGCACUGUUCCCGUAGGAACCGCACGGGAUGCAAGGCGUUCGUGAAGACCGAUCCGGACAGGUGGGACGUCGUGAUGAUGGCCAGCGAAGUACAUUGUCACGAUGCGAAAUAUGCGCCGAAGAAAAAUCGCGCGCCGCCGAAGAUGACGAAAGACAAAAUGUAAUAAAGGCAUUUCUUAAGCCGCUAUUAGACUUUUACAUAUUAACCCCUUACCGCAUACGAUAUAUGGUCGCUAAAGUUUAUGAUUUAUUUAGUGUAAAAUAAUUAUACACUUUUUCUUUAUUAAAAUCGAAUACCAUUAGAAAUUUUAAGUAAAGAAUUUUUAUUUUCAAUUCGAUCUCAUAUUUAAAGGUAAAAUAAACGUAAUUUACAAAAAAAAUAUAUCUUUAAUAAUUCAUGCGGUAAGGGGUUAAAACUGUCUUAAUCUUAAAACUAAGAGUAAGACAGUUAGACUCUGAAUUCCGAGUGCAAUACCGGGCUCGACGAGGCUUACUGUCGACUUGUUUGAAUAUCGAAUAGUGUAAUAAGAGUUAGACCGUUUAGGCUGCGCUCGCGUUUGCAGGAAGUGGACGUGUCCGUGCUGUGUAUGUCAAGAAAAUGGCGAACUAAUCCAUGUAUAUACAAUUAUACAUGUAUGUAUGUGCUUGUUAAUGUAUAAAUGAAAAUAAUUACAGUCCAUUCCUGAAAUAAAGGUAAACAAUCGUAUGUACCUUCUUGAAUUUGAAAAAUGAAUUUAUAGCCAAGCAAAGAAAAUUUUAAAUUAACUAUAAUAUAUUUUAGGAAUGUGUUUUUCAACAAAGAUUGUUUACCUUUAUUCAGUAAGUACCUAAAGAAAGAAAGGACCAUAGGUUCAUUGUCACCUGAAGAAAUAACGGCAAAGAAAAAAUAAAAAAUAUUUAAUUAGAGCAUUACUGUUAAUCUUAUUCGUCCCAUUACUAAAAGAAAAAUAUAUAUGUAUUUAUAAAAAAAUCCGUAUCAUGUCUAUGUUGCAUGAAAAUGUGUUUGUUUGUAACGCUACUCAAUUGUUAUUAAUUUAUUAAAAUGUUUUAUUAUACGUAUCGUCGUAUAAACAAAUAACAUACAUACAUAUAAUCACGUCUAUAUCCCUUGCGGGGUAGACAGAGCCAGCAGUCUCGAAAAUACCAAUAAUAAAAUCGUUAAUUGCUCCACUAAUACAGUCAAUUUAAUUAAGUAUGUUAUGAAUUAUGUUUAGGACAGUUGUAGAGAUAAUCUUCUGCUUCUUCUUCGCUUCCUUUUCCCGCUUUUAACGAAAAGACGGCACAGUAUUUGAACUUCUUCCUUUUUUUUUAAAGUAACUUAGAGAUAGUGUAGUAACACUAUCUCUGUUUCUGUUUAUUUUCUCUUUUACAUAGUCAAUCCAGCUUUUGGUCUUCCACUAAUGCUAAUUUUCCUAUUUAGAUAUGGUUUAAAUAUUUCUUUAAGCAGAUCAUAGAUAUGCAUUAUGCAUUAUAUUUAAAGUUAAGAAGUUUUCGUUUGAUAUUAUUACUUUUCUAGAGUAUAAUUUGUCAUUUUUAUAUUACUUAACUAUAGAUUUUUUAAAUAUCAUAGAUAUAAAAAAAUAAGCGUUAAUAUUGCGUACUUACGUAAACAUAUGGAAAUAAGAAAUUAUGAUAAGAUUAAUAAAUGAAUAAAAUAAAUUUACUUAAGAUUUUUAUUUAUGUAUUAUAUUAUGCAGGGUGACAUUUAAAACAACUGCAUCCUUUUAAACAUAGACUAUACCCAUGCUUCUGAGCCGUUUGAGCCUAUUUUUAUUUAAAUUAAACGUUAAACAUUUUAACAUUUAAAAAACCCUCAAAAACUACGUCACACGCUUUAUUAAAGACCAAUACUACAAAAAGAAAUUAAAAUCAAACAUGUAAAUAAAUGUCUGAAAAAUAAAUUAUUUCUCUAGUAUCAAGAUCAAGUAAAGUACAGAGUUGUCGAGAUCGCUCAGCUGAAUGAAUUGUGUCGUUGACCUCUAAAUCUUACGCGUCGCUUUUCCGCCGGCCCGGGUGAUAUGACGUAUUUAGGAUCGUGGAUUUUAAUACAUUUAUUUUUUUUCGUACUUUCUGAAAUAUGAACCGAUAUUUUUGUUUUAACGUUUUUAAAUAUUCUUUAGAUGAGUACACUUAAGUGUACUUAACAUAAAUUUAACUGUUAACAGUUAAAUUUAUGCAGUUGAAUUAAAAGUCACCCUGUAUAUCUGAUUGACCGGAAUCUUUUAUAAUUAUCCGUGAUAAUCAAUAAGUAUAACACACGUUGAGUUAGCCCUGAAGUAACUUUGAGGCUUCUGUGCUACUUACUAAACGACACUGUAUUUUUUUGUUAUUCCUACGAAUAAUUAGAUAAACUAAGUUAUAAUGAAAGUACCAAUUGAAAAAUAGUUAUUUUUUGUUGUUGUUUUUAAUAAUCUCUUAUGAAGAACAGUGUUUAACAUUUGGUACAUAAUGCACAGGCAUUAGGUCUUUUGGAAAGGGUUUGAACCACAAGUUAUUCUGAAUAGAUAAUUUCCAUCUGGACAUCGCAGUCGGGACCUACGAUGUGUCAGAUGGCACGACUAUUAGUUUACAAAGACCGUUUAAAAACUCAAAUUAUAACGCAUCAUUAAUUCAACGAUAAUUUAAUAUAAAUGUUUUCACACUUUAAACAGAAAUCAAGUACCUACCAUUAGGGAAGAAGUACCCAAUAAUGGUUUUCGAAAAAUACGUUUACAAAAGGCUUAAGUUGAACAAGAAGACUGGAAAGGUUUUCUGGCGCUGCGUCAUGUGCCACAAAGGCUGCCUAACAUAUUGCAUAGUCGGGAAAAGCGAGGUGGAAGUGAUACACGAGCACAAUCAUGAUCCCCCAAAAUCCAGGACGAAAACGGGAAGAUGGAAGGUUAAGAAAACGAAGAAUGACGCCGAGAGCUGUGAGAACUAAUCCAUGUAUAUAUGUGCUUGUUAAUGUAUAAAUGAAAAUAAUUACAGUCCAUUCCUGAAAUAAAGGCAAACAAUCGUAUGUACGUUUCUGAAUUUGAAAAAUGAAUUUUAAAUUUAAUUUAUAGCCAAGCGAAGAAAAUUUAAAAUUAACUAUAGUUUCUUUUAGGAAUGUGUUUUUCAACAAAGAUUGUUUACCUUUAUUCAGUAAGUACCUUAAGAAAGAAAAGACCAUAGGUUCAUUGUCACCUGAAUAAAUAACGGCAAAGAAAAAAAUAAAAAUAAAAAUAUUUAAUUAAAGCAUUACUGUUUAUCUUAUUCGUCCCAUUACUAAAAGAACAAUAUAUAUAUUUUAAAAAAUCCGUAUCAUGUCUAUGUUGCAUGAAAGUGGGUUUGUUUGUAACGCUACUCAAUUAUUAUAAAUUUAUUAAAAUGUUUUAUUAUACGUAGGCGUUGGAUCAUCGUAUAAAUAAAUAACAUACAUACAUACAUACAUAUGAUCACGUCUAUAUCCCUUGCGGGGUAGACAGAGCCAACAGUCUUGAAAAGACUGAAUGGCCACGUUCAGCUAUUUGGCUUAAUGAUAGAACCGAGAUUCAAAUAGUGACAGGUUGCUAGCCCAUCGCCUAAAAGAGGAAUCCUAAGUUUAUAAGCCUAUCCCUUAGUCGCCUUUUACGACAUCCAUGGGAAAGAGAUGGAGUGGUCCUAUUCUUUUUUGUAAUAGUGCCGGGAACCACACGGCACACAAAUAAAUAACAUACAUACAUAUUAUCACGUCUGUAUCCCUUGCGGGGUAAACGGAGCCAACAGUCUCGAAAAUAACAAUAAUAAAAUCGUUAAUUGCACCACUAAUACAGUCAAUUUAAUUAAGUAUGUUAUGAAUUAUGUUUAGGACAGUUAUAGAUAAUCUUCUGCUUCUUCUUCGCUUCUUUUUCCCGCUUUUCACGAAAAGACAACACAGUAUGUGAUUCUUCCACUUUUUGAAAAGAAUGAAAUAAACAGAGAUAGUGUAGUAACACUAUCUCUGUUUCUGUUUAUUUUCUCUAUUACAUAGUCAAUCCAGCUUUUGGUCUUCCACUAAUGCUAAUUUUCCUAUUUAGAUAUGGUUUAAAUAUUUCUUUAAGCAAAUUAUAUGCACUAUGCAUUAUAUUUAAAGUUACGAAGUUUUCGUUUGAUAUUAUUACUUUUCUAAAGCAUAAUUUGUCAUUUUUAUAUUACUUAAAUAUAGAUUUUUUAAAUAUCAUAGAUAUAAAAAAAUUAAGCGUUAAUAUUGCGUACUUACGUAAACAUAGGGAAUAAGAAAUUAUGAUAAGAUUAAUAAAUGAUUAAAAUAAAUUUACUUAAGAUUUUCAUUUAUGUAUUGUCCGGUAUUCUGAUUGACCGGGAUCUUUGAUAUUUAUCCGCGAUAAUCAAUAAGUAUCACACACGUUGAGUUAGCCCUGAAGUAACUUCGAGGCUUCUGUGCUACUUACUAAACGACACUGUAUUUUUUUUGUUAUUCCUACGAAUAAUUAGUCAAACUAAGUUAUAACGAAAAAACCAAUUGAAAAAUAGUUAUUUUUUGUUGUUGUUUUUGAUAAUCUCUUAUGAAGAACAGUGUUUGAUUUGGUACAUAAUGCAUAGGUUUUUUGGAAAGGGUUUGAACCACAAGUUAUUCUGAAUAGAUAAUUUCCAUCUGGACAUCGCAGUCGGGACCUACGAUGUGUUAGAUGGCACGACUAUUAGUUUACAAAGACCGUUUAAAAACUCAAAUUUCAACGCAUCAUUAAUUCAAUAAUAAUUUUAUAUAAAUGUUUUCACACUUUAAACAGAAAUCAAGUACCUACCAUUAGGGAAGAAGUACCCAAUAAUGGUUUUCGAAAAAUACGUUUACAAAAGGAUUAAGUUGAACAAGAAGACUGGAAAGGUUUUCUGGCGCUGCGUCAUGUGCCACAAAGGCUGCCUAACAUAUUGCAUAGUCGGGAAAAGCGAGGUGGAAGUGAUACACGAGCACAAUCAUGAUCCCCCAAAGUCCAGGACGAAAACGGGAAGAUGGAAGGUUAAGAAAACGAAGAAUGACGCCGAGAGCUGUGAGGAUAGUGAGAAAGAAUAAAUUUGACAAACUGUAAUACAUACUCACUUGAUGUGUUAAUAAAUAAUUGUGCCAUUUGAAUACAUAUAUGUUUUCUAAAAAACAUUAUCUAUGGAUCAGACCACUCGGCUUUCCUUACCGACCUGAUAAAAGUUGAGUGAUUAGCUCCGCUCAAGUCACGCGAGAGUCGCUACGGUCUGACCUGAAUUAUCAAAAAGUCUCUUCUUUAAUAUACAGUUAUGUACAGCACGUUGUGUCUACGGCGAACAUAAUAAGAAAUUCAUUUUAAGGCUAGCGAUGUGAUUUGUUUUUCUCAGAAGUCCACAUAAUACCGACCGGGCGAAAGUACCCACUUGUGAUGGUAAAUAAACACACUUACAAGCGGUGUGGAAAACUGGGCGAUGGCAGAAUUCUGUGGAAAUGUUCCAGCGUCUUAAAGGGCUGCAAGGCGAAGGUUAUAAGUGUAACUGAGAAUCCUCUCGAAGGAAUACAGGUCAAGAGCGAAGAACACUUGCACCCUCCGCCUUCUUACUCUCAGAUGCCCAACGGCAUUUGGAUCAAAGGUUUUCUCCGUGAAGAAACAACACGAAUUAAAAUCCCACCCAAUUUGUAGCGAAGCUAGCUUUAGUACAAUGUUAAAGACUUUGUGACUGUUUGUUAUAAAUUGUUGAAAAAAAAGCAUCCGUAAGAUUUACCAUUUAAGUUUUUUUUUUUUCAUUAAAACUUUUAAUUUAUAUUGUUAUACAAUUCAAUCAAAUUUCUUUGUAACGUAAAAAUGUCACAGAUUCGUUUGACAAAUAAAUAAGCGAUUCAAAAGAAUACUAUAGUUUUUUUUUUUUUAAAUCUCCCCUUUAAAUAUAAAUGUAUGAAUUAGGUAUGACUUAUUUAGUAUAUUAUUAAUUUACAGAUCUUCACGUGAUCGAAGUUCCCGGAAGGUUUCCCGUACUUAUUUUCAGGGGUCAUAUAUUUAAAAGGUACAACCGUUACCCGUCCGGUAAGGUGCAUUGGAGGUGUGACAGCUACAAGGACGGCUGCAGAGCCAGGUUCACCAGCGCUAACGAAAACCCGUACGAGGGCCUCGUGAAAAUUGCAGUACAACAUAAUCAUCCUCCGCCGUUUAUUGACGGUGUAGACAAAAAAGUUUUGACAUCUGAACAUAUACUUAAAAUGGGAAUGUUGACUAGGUUUUAAUAGUUAAUUUAUUAAUUAAAAGUCUCUAAAAAAAUUGUUACAGAUCAAGCUUUAUUUUAUACGCUUCAAUCAAACGAUCAGCUUGUAAUUAAAACAAUUUUUGUUUUGGAAACUUGAAUUCCAAAUUUUAUAAAUGUACAUUGGCAAAAUGUAAUAAAUAAUUAUCUUUUCUAGUUACAAAAAUUUUUAUUUUUAGGAAUUGAUUUUUUGGAUCUACAAAAAGUAGGUUGGUAAAAUCGUAAAGAGAAAAUAACAUGUUUUUUUUUAAAUUUUGUAAACAGUAUUGUUAACUGUAUUGCAAUUAUCGCCGAAAUGUCUUGUCUUAUCAAUUUACGUAACGCUUUUUCUAUGAAAAUAAACAAGAUACAUUUUACUUUUGCAGUAUUUUUCAGGACCUCCGCGAGAGGGACGAGACAACUCGUGGUUGAAGGCUUCUCCUUCAUUUGCAGGACUUAUUGCCUUCAGCACGUGAAGAAAACUUGGAAAUGUGCCACACACGCCGGCUGUACAGCCAAGGUGCACACUGUCCAAGACGAAAUAGUCUCUUUGAACAAUGUACACAAUCAUGUGAACACUCCAGUCAAGUACGUCUAUAUGGGAGAUUAACUGUUAUUUUAUAUCUGUUCUAGUCAACACAAUUAAAAAUAUUUCAUUGUAUUUUUUAUAAUGUGUAAAUUUUUGUAAAUAAAAUAAGAUUGACAGUUAAGACUUACCUUUUAAGAGUGGAUAAAUUUUUUUUUUUCAUCUUCCAAUGUUUUCAGUAACACCCUCAGCCGCGUUGCAUCCAGAUCAGGUUUGUUAUCAUAUCCCUGUAUCCUAUAUAUAUAAAAUUAAUCAACAAUCAUUUCUCCAGACAUUUUUUUCUCGACAUCGAAACGAGGUGGAAUCAUCUUAAACGUCGGCGGAUACACGUAUAAUAAAAGAUAUGGCAGUGGCUCUGCAGCCUCGUGGUCCUGCACGUCAUAUUAUAACAUACCGCCGUGUAAAGUUAAAGUGAAGACGGUUGGUAAUGAGGUCGUCUUAUGUUCAGGAGAACAUAACCAUUGAAAAUGUUUAAACAGAUAUAUGUUUUAUAAAUUUAAUUUUAAAAUAAAAUGCGUUGAUAAAAUUUAGACUGUAUUUAUGAUAAGUACCAAUUCUUUUUACUUAAACAAUACUUGUCAAUCGAGACCUUAUUCUUUUUAUUAUCACCAGGUCAAAUAUAUACGACGAGCAAAGGAGGAAAGGUACUCAUCCUAACAGGAUAUAGAUAUCACAGGGAAUACGGAGACGAGAGACGCAGUUAUUGGCGAUGCGGUAAACGCGGCUCCCACGCUUGUAAAUGCAAAAUCAGGAUCAUCGAUGGACAUGUUCUUGUCAUGGGCGAACACACGCAUCCAUCUUCGAUGGCCUACCUACCGUGAGACGGAUAACGGAAUAAUUUUACAACUAGGAGGCUUCACAUACUACGGUGACAGAAACAAAGCAUACAGAAGAAUAUGGCGGUGUGUCAAAAAAGACACCGCUUGUCCAGUGAUGGUCUUAAGUAUUAAUCAUAGAAUUGUUAAGGUUGUCAAUAAACAUAAUCAUCCGAGAAACAUUGUGGAUAAUAUGUAAACUUAUUUGUGGUUAAAGUAAUUUUAUUCUAAUUUAAAUGGCAUACUUAAUCAAGCUAAAUUACCAAAUAAUAUACAUUGAUUUAGUUCUCAUAUUAUGUUUUUGUUUUAUGUAAUGAAAAAUCUUAAUGAAUACGAACUAAAACUACUUACUAAUUGUAAAGUCAGUUGUACCCAAUUUCUCAUAAAAGAAUGUACAAAUUCACUUAUAAUGAGAAUUUACAAAUUUAGGACCGACGCGUAGGUACAUAAAAUUUGAUAGGUUAGGAUAAAUAAUUUUAAGGUAUAGUAAUUUUAAGGUACAAUAAAAAUGAAUCAUAUUUUUUUGCAUUUUUUGUGUAAAAUAAUGUAAGUAGUUAAGUUUUAGUAUAGGUAUUUUAUUUCGUGUACAGUAGGCCACAUAGAAAACGAUACCACCUUCGUAUCAAGACAUAUCAAAGUUGGGUAAUAAACUAAUAAUUAAAUAUGUUGCCCACUAUACCUAGGUUAAAAAAACAAUAAACCAAUUCUGUGUUGUCUAAUAGAAUUUAAAUUACAUUUUUAGAAAAUAAUACAAACACCUAUGACAACGACUCUGAUGACGACGUUAUAGAAGUUGUAAGAGACGAGGCACCAAUUGAGAUUUUUUCUGAUGGCGAAGAAAUUGAGAUAGAAAAUAGCAAAGUAGAA